UUUGUUUUUAUUUUAGGGAAACAGAACAAUUUUAGAGAGAGAGGGGAAAGGAGGAUGAAGAGAACGGCGAUGGACAACGCGAUUCGAGCAUCUGUGGUUGUAUUAGGAUCACUAGCCUUUGGGUACAUGUCACUUGAGCUUGGAUACAAGCCUUUUCUUGAAAAGGCUGAACAAUACGAACGUUCUCUUCAAUCUCAAGCUUCUCACCAACAACAACAACAAGAUGAUGGUCAAGAAGAAGCGAGAUGGGACAAUAACAAUAUCGAGGGAUGGGAGGAGAAAAAGUAGAUCAUAUGAUGAUGAUGACAGAACCUAUGAAUUGUGCAAGGAAGAAACCUUGUCCUUACUUACUUCUUUUGUUUUCAUGAUCUCUGUUCUAUCUGUAACCAUCCACCACCAGUACCCGUUUUCUAAUUAUUCACUCAGUCUUACCUCAAGUGUAGUACGGUUUCUCUGAUUUAUUUAUGAAAGUUAAAUUGAAGUUC